AUGGUCUUGGCUACUUUGAGAGCGGGCCACCUGCGGUGGCAACCUCGGAGCUCUUUGGGCGACUGCGUCGGGCUUCGUGUUUCGCAGGGGGCUUCCGGGAUUCUUCGGCCCGAAUGCCCCUCUGGGUGCCUGAGUACGCUGCCGCGCUGCGGGCUUCGCUUCUGCAGUGGAGGAGGUGAAGGGCGUCCUAGAAUCCGGCUCGCCACAUCGGAUCAGAUCGUGGGAUUUACCGUCAAAGAGUACAAGGGCCUGGUGAUGGGCUCAACGGUGAGGGCCAAGGACGUGACCAAGGACUUCUCCAGCUCCAUCCGCGCGGUUUUUGGCGGAGAGCUCCCACACUACACGCAACUGAUGCAGGACGCGCGUGAGGAAGCCAUCUCGAGGUUGGAGGACGAGGCCACGAAGCUGGGAGCAAACGCUGUAAUCAGCCUGCGCCUCUCCUCCACGAACAUUGCCGCCACCACCUCGGAAGUGAUGGUCUACGGCACCGCCGUGGUGGUGGAGUGA